AUGAAUUAAUAAAGUGUGUUCAAUUCAAAAUUGCAAUAAGCCCUGGAUUGCCUCAUUGACGAUUCUCUCAAGCCAUUUGAUCCUUAUAGAUUUGUAACCAUCAUGGAAACAAAAUAAAUUUAACAAGGGAGUGCUGAAUAACCAAAUAAAGUUAAUAAGGAGAUUCCGCACGAAUUGAAAAGUUAGAAAACUCGUGAAACGCUGUACUUGUUAUAAAGUAAAAUUAAACAAGAAUUGCAUGUAAAGAUUUGCUAAAUGAUUUUAGGAAAGAUUUUCAAACAUAACUGCGAAAACAAAUAUUCCGACAGUGCUUGA